AUGCCUCAUCUCGCAUGCAUUGGGAACUUGUGGAAGAAUGUUUGCACAAACUUCAAGAAGAGUAACGAUAGACUUAGAGAUAUUUACUAUGCUAUGGCCAAGGCUUACCGUAAAGAUGAGUUUGAUUUUUUUUGGAAUCAAGUUGGGAAGAUUGAUCAGAGGGUAAAGUCUCAUCUUGAGGAUGCUGGAUUUGAAAAGUGGGCACGCGUGUAUGCACCUAUUAACCGUGGUAGAAUGAUGACUUCAAGUAUAGCGGAGUGCAUAAAUGGUAAAUUGAAGCUAGCACGUGAGUUGCCAAUAAUAAAAUUUUUAGAACAGGCUAGAAAAUUGUUUGGAAAGUGGAAUUGCAAGAAUAGAGAAAGAGCAUCUUAUGCAAACACGUCACUAGGUAGUAGAUUUGAAGGAAUUCUUCAGCUAAAUACUUCAAAAUAUUCAAGGCUUAAGGUUAUAGGCAAACCUGUAUUCUGA